UUCCUGAGGUGCCCAAGAAAGUGGUUUCAGAAGAAAAAAUACACAUUGAAGUUCCUAAAAAACCAGAACCUCCACCACCCAAAGAACCUGAGGUGCCGAAGAAAGUUGUUCCAGAAAAGAAAAUACCUGUGCAAAAAAUACCAGAACCUGUGGUUGUCCCAGAACCAGAGGCUGCACCUGAAGAACCAGAACUCCCACCAAAGGAAGCAACCAAGACAACUUUGCCAGAAAAGAAAGUACCUGUUCCAGUUUCUCGAGAGCCAAAGUCCAUUGCAGGACGCACAAAACCAAAGCAUCAAGAGGUGGAACUGCAAGAACCUGAAGUGGCCCGAAAACUAAAGCCUGUAAAGGCAGUUCAAAAACUAGAGCAUGUUCUGACAUCUGAGGAGCCUGAGACUGUUUUGACAUACCAAAAAUCAGAAUCUAUUGUAGCAUCUCAAAAAACAGAGCAUAUUGUAAUGCCUGAGAAACCUGAGGAACCCAAGCCUGAUGUGGCAUCCCAAAAACUCAAAUAUG